AUGACCCUCGGAAAAUCACACCCCCAAGCUCCACCCCUGCACCUGCACUUCUUGCAACCGGAAACCUUCCUCGUGACCAAAGGCACCUUCAACACCACUAUCGGGUACGACCUGCAGGGCAGAGCGACUCAAGAUAUCUUGUAUGACAAUCUAAAGAAGUUGUCCGCGCACGUGGAGCUAGCGCUUUUACUACUCCAAGCUCUGAAUUUGGGCACACUGUCCGUUCAAGCCGUACCUCAAGACUUGAAGAACGAAGAAGGAAUGCUACACAUAUGGCUUACGUCAGUACUUUCGGCAGUUCCAAUGAUGUCCGGCGCUCUCGAGUCGAACAACGUCUUUGGUCAAUUACGCACUCUGUAUAUCAGCAUGGGUGGCACUUUCAGUGUUGACCUGGCUUAA